AUGGUUAGUGCUUGCAUCAGUGAUACAGAAAUACGCACUGUCCAAGAUGGUGUGCUCAACGACGUGCGUGAGGACGGGCGUACACUUUUGCAGCGGCGCCAGGUAGAAAUUUCUACCGGCACCCUUGACGCCUCGAUAGGCUUUGAGGAGUUUAACGGCAGCAGUGUCGAGGUAGAUCUAAGCGGCACAAUCGUGCUGGCGGCAGCAAGCCCCUCCGUUGUAGAAGUCUGUACGGACGAGACAGAAAAAGAAUUCGAUGAGAAAAGGCCAUCUUCACAAGGUUAUGGACAACUUUACAUUAGUAUUGAUGCUGUGCCUUCUGUGCUCAAUUUUUAUGCGUACGCAAUAAGCAGUAGCAACAGCGCGAGUCACCGUAGGGACUUUCUAUCGCACAUGGCACUUACUAUUCAAAACGUGUUUGGUGCAGAGAGUGUGCAGGCACAAGAACAAGGAGGGGUGGCUGAGGCUAAGCCAGCAGGAGACAAUAAGCUUGCCGAAAUCGGUAGCAACGGAGGAGACGAAGUCGAAGCAGGCGAUGAGGAAGGACCAAGUGACGUGCCGCCGCAAACCGCUACCGCGGAGCGGAGCGCGAAUGGCGGCCGCAACGUAAACUGUGGCUUCCCGGCAAAGGAUCUUUAUAUUGGAAAGGGGUACGCCUUUCGCAUUGAUGUCGAUGUGCAUGUGUUGCAAGCAGCGGGUGGUAAUGUGCUUUCCGCCAUCGUUGUUGCCGUGCACAGCGCACUGUGUAAGAUUAAGCUCCCUUAUGUAAACCUGCACCAAGUUACCUCAUCUCAAGUGACGGUAGAGCUUGAUCACAGCAAGCCCUACGGGCGACCGGUCAAUUGGAUGUCGCUACCAUUGCUGGCCGUUCUGCUACUGUCCCCCACGCGGCACUACGUGGUCGACCCGCUGCCGCGUGAGGAGCUUGCGAUACCCCAGCAGCUUCAUGUGGCGGCCAAUCGUGACGGACAGCUGUGCUACGUGCAGUAUCAUCAGUACCCCUCCCGUCGGGGUAACGCAUACAUGCUCGCAACCUCGUCUGCGACUAACACAGACAUCACCCACUCGGCGUCAACGAAAGAAGGCAACCCCAAAAAGCGAAGUCGCGAAGGUGAUGAAGAGGACGUUGGUGCUGUCUCUCAUAAUGACGUCUCAAAUUAUCCCAAAGACCUCUUUGGAGUCCAUUUAGCAGAUUGCAUGGCUGCUAUAGAAGAUGCUACACACGUGUGUCAAGCGAUGAUCGCGGAGUGCGACGCGGUACUCGAGGCAGCGGCGGCGCCAGUAUAA